UCUAGUGGCUGCAGCAGCGGGUGUUUUACGUAGAGAAGAUUCUGCUGGGAAGAAAUUAGACGGCAUGGCUGGACGCGGGAAAAGAAAACUCAAGAAUUUGACGCAGACAGAAACGUCAAACUGGGACGUGAAAAAAGUGAAAGAAGAUCAGAGGGAUGAGAAGGCAGCAGUUGCAGUAGAGAUGAGAGAGGAGGUGGAGAGAUUGUAUAAAUUACGCAUGCCUGAGGACUUCUACCAGUUUUGGGAAUUUUGCAAGGGGCUUAAAGCAGACUGUCCACAAGAUGCCCUAAAUGAAACACUUGGGCUUCAGCUGGUUGGCCCAUUCGAUAUCCUAUCCAAAAAGCACAAACACUCCGCUUCCUCUCAGCCUAACUUCUAUCUUCAUUGGCGUCAUUUCUAUGAUCCCCCAGAGUUCCAGACCAUCAUACAGGGAAACCGAGAGACGCAGCACCACAUGGGCUUCUUCAGAGAUACACCCGAUGCUUUACCUGUGUUUAUUGGUGAAAAUGAAGCCAAGAAGGGCUGUACCAUUACACAGAUGGGGGACAACAUCUUUGCUGCUGUUUUGCUCUUUUUGAAGAAGAAAAGGAAGGCGAGGGGACAACAGAAGGAUGAUGCUGCUUUGGACAUUUUAGAAGAAGAUUUGAAGCAAGAAGCAGAGAGGUUGGGCUUGCCCCUUGAGCAGAAGACUAAAGCAAUGAAACAAAGGGAAAGAAAGGUUGUCACAAAGACAUUUCAUGGAGCAGGAAUUGUGGUUCCAGUGGAUAAAAAUGAUGUUGGAUACAGAGAAUUACCAGAAACUGAUGCUGGUCUGAAGAAGAUUUGCAAAGCGAUUGUAGAGGCUACAGAUGAUGCUGAGAGGAUUAAAAAAUUCGCUCCUAUUCAGGAAAUGAUCACCUUUGUUCAGUUUGCCAAUGAUGAAUGUGACUACGGCAUGGGCUAUGAGCUUGGGAUAGACCUGUUCUGUUACGGCUCACAUUAUUUCUAUAAAGUGGUACGUCAGCUGCUGCCAAUGGCAUACAAUUUGUUGAAGAGAGGUCUGUUUGGAGAGAUACUGGAGGCGCAUCUUGCCAACCGUUCCCAGAACAACCUUGACCAGCUCGCUGCUGUUUGAAGUAUUGUGAGAGGAUGAUAAGCUGUAUUCAGAAUGACUUCCUAUAAAACAUGUUGGGGUGGUGUGAGAUGAUACACUGCACUGAAUUGUGCUAUUAGGCAGUGCUUUUCAAUUCAAAAUGCUGCUAAGCCCAAGACUUUUUAGAUUGUUAGUUUCAAAAAACUAAAUUUGUUUUAUAAAAGUAUGUAAAAGCAAAAUAAUUUGAGCAUUAAUUGAAACUUUUUACUCAGUCAUAAAUGUAAUUGGUUUAACUUAAUUAAGAAAAAGCACAUGGCAUUAAAUUACACUCAGUACUCACUUAUGCUCUUUCGGCUGAUAUGUUAGCCCUACAUUGGAUUUCAUUCAGUGCAGUUUUCAACUAUCAUCAUUUUGUUAGUAAUGCUUUGCCUUUCCAAACCUGGUUUCCUUUCACUGUCAAUCCACUUUGCCAAAUGAGUUACAACUGCUGAGAGUUCAGUAUGUUACAUUACUUAUUUACAAUUCAGCUUUCUGCAUUUCCAUUAACAUAUUUUGCAUAACCCAGUUUCUUGAAAGCAAAAUGCUCUUUAAUUUACCCGUUUAUCAGUACUGUGAAUAGAUCUCUGCAGUGCUGAUCAAACAGCUUGGCUGUGGUUUUGUUUAAUGCAGCAUAAAAAGCAAGUUUAUGCUGAGAUACGAAAACAGAACAUUACAUGUUUUUAUUUUCAUCCUGCUCCUUGGCCCUACUGUACAUCAUCAAGUUACUUUAAUUUGAUGCUUAUGAUUGUUAAAAAGUUACUCUGAGUGAAUUGUACUGAGACCCUUUCAUUUAGUUUUUCAUUGUCAAGGUAUAACUGUGUGUUUGCCAAGAUUAUGCUAAUUCCAUUAUUGUCAUCCAGUACUUACGAUGUUCUUUUUUUCCAAAGUAGAUGUUUA